AUGGAGAGUCCAACAUUACAGGAUAUAAUUAUUGAUUACAGAGGCAACAGCACUAUCACUAAUACAACUAUGAAUACGAAUGGUAGUAGCCAAAUGAUGCAUCUUUCAAACGUCCCAUCCAGUAAUACACCAAGUUCCUCUGCAACUGCAGUCACCACUUUACAUGAUAUCAAAGAAGAAGAAGAUACUGACGUUGAUGAUGAUGAAAUGGAACGUGUCCCAUUACAUCUUAACGACACUUUAGAUGGAGAGUCAAAUCAUAUGCUCCACAUAGCACCGGAGGAUACAACCGAAGCGAUCAUGCAUAUGAAUAUAAACGAAAUGACCAACGGUAAUGCGUUGGAUAUAAUACGCCAUAAUGAAGGACGAGAACCAAAAGAGACAAAUGAACAACACCUCAAUGAACCCGCUGAUAUUAUUAGUCAUAGAACCACAUCCUUAAAUUCACUAAAUGAUUUAGAUAAUACUCAUGAUAACAGGAACAUCAUCAUCAAUUCAACUAAUAUAAUACAAGAUAAAAAUGAAAGUACAGAAGAAUUAACACUUUUACCGCCAUUGCCAAAUAUAGAUGGUUUGAACAUUAUAGAAGACUCGCUGAGUACAACACCACUUGGAGAAAAUGAAAACGUUAUUGUUGAUACUAUACAGGAUUUCAUAGAUAUGGAUAUCAACAAAAAACGAGCCAAUGUCAAUAUGGAACAAGCGCACGCUUCAGGAGGUCAGUUAGAUCAUUUUGAAGAUAUUAAUAAACAUGACACUGAUACUACAGAAUUACAUAUGAGCCAAAUUAUCGGUAAUGAUAGUAACACAAACACUUCAUUCGAUUUAGCUAAAGCUUUAGAAAUCCCAACUGAGACAGCAAGUAUCAUGACUAGAAAUAGAUCAAACUCGAGGACAGAUGUAAGUGUUAAUAAUCAAAAUAGUCCAAGUUUAUCAAUCAGUAGGAAAUUUUCAAACACUUUCAUUAGUCAAGAACAACAAUUAACGACAGCAGCAACCACAGCAAUUGGAGGACAGAAUUUCAUACCUGGUCAUAGAAAUCAGGAUUCUGUUAAGAUCACCAAACUAAUAUCACCAACACCUUCUGUUUUAAGAAGGUCGAUCUCCAUCAACAUGUCAGAAAAUGAGCCUGCCGCAGACUUGAUUACUGACACAGAACAACAAUUGAAACAUAUUCAAAACUCCUUAUUGAUAUCUAACUCCGAUGAAUUAUUGUACAAACCCCCGUCAUUAAAUUCGAAUAGAAGAUCCGCUGAUCAGCAACGAAUCAAUGAGGUAUUGAAGCCUGUUACAACACCAUUGUCCUUAAACGAUAUGAAAAGGAUGGCUUUAGAACCACCAAGAAUUGAUCAAGAAAGCACGUUCUUAAACAUGAGCAAUGGACUUAAUGACAUGCUUCCUCGUGAUCAACGCACAUCAUCUGUUGCAUCGCUUAUCUCUCCGACAACCACAAAUAACAGCAACAAUACCACUAAAUUACCAUUGUUAAGAAGAGCCUCUAGCGCAAUAUUAAGAAGGAAAUCAAUGAAAAACUUGAAUAAUAGUAAUGCUACUACUCCCAUGACUUCAUUAUAUGCACCUCCUGCUCCACAAUACGAAAUUACCAGACAAAGAGCAGGCAGUUUAUCAGGCAAUCAGCCGAAAAAAAACAAAUACCAGAACUUGCGCAAAAAUGGGGUCAUUCCACAGGAACCGAAUGAUUUCAAUGAUUACGAUUAUACGAUUGAUGCUGCUACAUUAUCAAGAACGUCCUCCUUAGGUUCCAAAGUGAAGAGAAGCCUCUCACGAAUGAUAAGUUCUAGUGGCACCUCAGUUAAACGAGUCGUGUCACUAUCAAACAACAAUAAUAAUAAUAAUAAUAAUAAUAAUAAUCAUCCUCACCAAUAUGGUAGUCACAAACAAUCGCCAAAUUCAACUUUGUCGUCGCCGCUAUCACCACUAGAUCAAACAGGAGAAAAUAUUAAUCUAAGGGGUGAUUAUUUUCAAAAUCAUAGUUCAGUCACGAGAUCAAAUACGAACGCAGAUUCCACUUCAUCUCAUUAUAGAGCAAGACUUCGAUCUUCAUACGACGAAUCUAUCAAAAAAUCAUUGCCUAGUAAUAAUAUUAAUAAGAACGAAAUAUUGGUUGACGUCGACAAAAUAACGGAUACCAUCCCCGUUAUUACUUUGACUGAAGGUCGUGUCGCAUCUCAUGAAAUUUAUCAAUCCAAUGUUGAAUGUGAUGACUUAUAUAAACAAAAUAAAGAGAAAGCUGAAACUGACGGUUUGAAAUCAAUGACUUUGAAAGAAUAUAUUAGUGUUUUAAUUAAUCAGCAACGCUUAGAAGAUGAAAGAUUGGCAUUUUUGGAAAAUAAAUUCUUGAAGUGCGGUUGGUGUUCAAAAAAUGAUCUUAUUAUGCUUAAGAAGAAAAGGGUCAUGAUCAAUAAGAAGUGGGCUGAUAGAAUUUCGUUUUACCAAAAUAGAUUAGAUUAA